GUGCUGAAUGUGGCAGAGUUGAGUGUGAGGACGGUGAAUUGCGCAUUAGCUGUGAUUCCCGAUCUUACUUAAAAGUUGCGUAGGACUCUACGCAAGGCUCAAAACUUCCGUAAACAUGCGCAUAUUUAUCUGCCGUCGCUAUAAACCCCGCUUUCUGCUCGGGAAGUUACACAUUACACAGCUGCUUUGCGAGUACGCCCCGUUUGUAAACGAGGCCGCAGGUCAUUUGGAGGAGAUCUGGCGCAGGUAUUGUGAAACGUGUGAUAACAGUGUCCCUGCACUAUAAGGAGGGAGGGCGUGUGUGAUCUGCUCAGUGUUGUCCGAGGCCACCAUGGACACAGCAACUGCUAUUCUGAUUAUUGGUUUUGCUGCACUGGCUGCAGCCUUCUGCUUGUUGUUCAUUGGCCUGGUGUAUGCAGAAGCAAUGAACUCGGAGAUUCCUCCUGGAAUUACAAAUCCUGGAAAACUACACGCUUUGCACUGCUUUAUUGUAGGAAUAGCAGUUCUGGGCCGAGUCUUUGAGCGUCUGGGUCUGUGUAGUCAGGUGAGUUUUACUCGAUGGUGUACAGGCAGCUUAAUGGCCCUCAAACGGCUGCCAGCGCCUGGUCUCCGCAUUAAGGACAUGACCUUCAGCGGUGUGCCUGUGAGAGUGUAUGAGCCCACAACUGCUUCCGAUCAGAAAAGGAGAGGGAUGAUGUAUUUUCAUGGUGGAGGAUGGGUGCUGGGCACUAUAGAUUUAUACGAUGACAUUUGCCGGCACAUUGCCAAGGAGACUGAUACCACGGUUGUGUCAGUUGGUUACCGCCUUGCCCCUGAGCACAGGUUCCCUGCCCACCUGGAUGACUGUGAGGCCGCCACUCUCCACUUCCUGUCUGUGGCAAAGGAUGAGUUUGGGGUUGAUCCUGGCAGGGUGGUGUUGGGUGGAGACAGUGCUGGGGGCAACCUGACGGCCGCUCUCAGUCAGAGGCUGGCGAGGAAGCAGGCUGGACAUCUGCCCUCUCCUCUUGCGCUGGUCCUCAUCUACCCUGCCCUGCAAAUGGCAGAUUUCAACCUGCCGUCCUACCAGCAGAACCAUGCCGUGCCCCUAUUGUUCCGAGCCAGGACCGUCUUCUACUUCCUGCAGUACCUCAAUGGGGACAUGUCCGUGAGCCAGGACGUUCUAGCAGGCAGGCACAUUCCCGCCGAGCUAAAGCAGCACUACAAGAAAUGGCUUGACCCAGCUAUUCUACCGCCCGAAUUCAGAGAGAGAUGUGACCAAAGGCCAAAGCAGGUGGCCACAGAUCACGAUGGUGAGGUGUACCACAUCAUCAAAGACGGACUGCAGCCAGAGUUCUCUCCUUUGCUGGCCGAGGAUGAUGUUCUUCGCCUCACGCCUCCCACCUUCAUCCUGACCUGUGAGUACGAUGUGCUGAGGGACGACGGGUUCCUGUUCCAGAAGAGGCUGAAGGACCUUGGAGUGGACGUCACCUGGCAUCACCUUCCUGAUGGCUUCCAUGGUGCAUUUAACUUCUUCAGCAAGAGAAGGAUGUACUUUCCUACUGGAGAGAGAGCCAUGGAGCAGGUUGUGAGCUACAUAAAGGGACUCUGAAGCCUAGAACACAAUUUCCCUUAUCGGGAAUGUAGCUAACAAAUAAAGGAAACGUAUGUACACUA